UGAAACAAAAAAAGGAGAAAAAUCAAUCAUAACUAUAACAGUAAUUUGACAGCUUUAGAAAAACGAUAAUUAGAGGCAAUAUUUUUAAAAUAAAUAAACAUCAACUAAUUCUAUCGUAACAAAAUAUCGACUCCGGCCUGCAUGCUCUAUCUCCGUCCGUCUUUCGAAAUGAGACAGUGAUGGCUGAGCGCUCGUGCCAGACGGACCUGUACUAGGUGUCCCCAAAACAAAUAUAAGAUUUACUUAUAAAAACUGUGCUGUGUUGUGUGUCCUAGUGAUAUACCGUGUGCACCAAAACCUUUAAGUUAUAAUGGGUAACAAGCAAUUGAAUAAAAAGAAGACAUCUCGAAAAAGACAACUCGGAAGAUUCCAACAAACAAUGGAACUAACGAAAAGAAGAAAAUUGGAUAAUUUCACAGCCGAACAUGAUACUAUAUCUUUAGACUACAUCGAACUGCAAAAUAUGGAAAUGGAAUCUCCGAUUUCAUCAACCACUGACAUUCAAAGUAACGAUGAGGCGACCGGCUCAAACAUUUUGAACCCACGCAUUGCACAGGUGGAUGACACUUAUCGGGUUCCUAGUAUAUUAGAGGAAGAAGAUACCCAUGAGUUACAAAUAUCGUUCAAUGUGGAAGAAGAGCUUCCUGACAAAACCGUCGGUCGAAGAAUUGUCGCAGUUAGUUACCAUUCGAUUCGAUUCCUCACAUUUUAUCCAAUAAAAGAUUGUAUGGAAACUAUAUACAUAAACGCAAUAUUUCACCGACAAAAUCGCAAUUUUCUUGUUUUGUUCAUACUUCAAGAUGGACUCUUUGUGACCUUGACGUCACGGUCACAUAUCGUUUUGUUUGGGGCGUUUCGCGAGUGAAGUACGACUGUCGGACUUUGACUAUCAUUUCUGACUUUUGUAUUCCUUUAAUGCAAUGGAUCCCAUAUAGACUUUUGAUCCUAAAGACAAACCUGAUCGAUUGAUACCAUAAAUGAAAAUUAGUCAUCUAGCCUAUUAUCGAUAAGUAUAUAUGUUUUUCUUCAUCAAAUUAUCAAUAAUUUUCAUUUUUUAGAUUGUUCCCUCUAUAAACUCCUAAUAGUCUACCUUGGUGCCAAAUUUCAAGUUUCUAGGUCAGCUCGAAGUGGGUUAGGUUUUUGAUCUAUUAGUCAGUCAGUCACAAAAAUGCCAGUUUUAAAACGUUAAUUUAUGAAUAACUGUUAGAGCUACGUUUACGAAAUUUUGUAUUCUAGACAAGAUAAGGGGCUUGAAUAAAUGUGCAAAAUUGCAUGUGAGUAGGUAAAAGUGGUAAUAAAAUUAUCAAUAGGAAGGAUCAAGAAGUUGUUGCAGCCAGAAUUAAGAAUUUACCAAGGAGAGGACAUGACACUAUAAUAUUUUAAUUCAUUUUAAAAUGUCAUUCAGAUUAUCAAUAAGAGUUUCUUAUACCGUAUUCGAAUUAAAAGAAAUAUUUUAUUAAUUACACAAUUCUCUCUAGUUUUUGCUCGUAUUUAGUAUACAACUAACUAAUUAUUCGUAUACAAUUAUUUAUCGUAGAAACACUCGUAUAGUUUCAAAAUAAGCUAUUUUAUUUUGUUGGCAUUGUCAAACCCAUUGACUAUUUUUGUUUUGCUUUAAUAUAUGGUCAGUCGUAAAAGUAUUAGCGUCAGCAAUGGAUUUAUAUAAUGUAUUUCUUUAAAAAACAUGAUAUUUCAUGCUAAGUAACAGAAAACAGUCAAAUAUUGUACCGGAAAUAUUAGUCCCGAAAAUCCCGAAAGUACCGGGAAUUUAAUUUUGAAAUCCCGGUUCUUUGCUUGGCUCUAAAUCCCGGGAAUUCCCGGUACUUUCGGUACCGGUAUUUCCCGGGAGCAAACCCUAGUAUGUAGGACUGUAGGUACUGUAAAACGUUGUACGAUACAUGUGCCAAUAGGUAAUUCGCAACUCGUGUCGAUUCAAAACACUCCCUUCGGUCGUGUUCGAAUUUAUCGCCACUCGUUUCGAAUUUCCUAUUUGCCGCACUUGUAAACGUAAUGUAGGUAAGUACUAUUACAAUAUGGUGCUAC